AUGAAUGUGCAGGAGAUAGCAGAAGAAUAUGGAUCAUGUGAGGGCAGGCUGUUGUGUAAGGUAUAUAUAAAAAAAUCCCACUACGCUCUCCAGAGAAGACUACAGGAACUCUCUGCAAAGUCAUGGCUACUAUUUUUCCUGAUAACUUUCCACAUUCUUUCAUGGGGUCACUUCUCCUGCAUUAUGACAGUAACUGUGAUCUCCAAUAGUUCAUUGACUACACAAUAUUUUAAAUUAAUCCUCGGACUUCAGGUUCCCAGAAACAUCUCCUUCCCCUUCAGCGUCUUGAAGCUGGGAUCUGCCAUCCAGAUUGCUGUAGACAAAAUAAAUUCAGACCCCUUCCUCCUGCCGAAUCACACGUUGGACUUUGUGUACGCCGACAGUGACUGCAACCCCAAGGCGUCCAUUCGUGAGUUCAUUCACCAGAUCCAGAUGUACAAUAUUUCUGCUCUGUUUGGACCAGCUUGUCCAGUUGUGUCAGAGAUUCUAGGCCUGCUUGCCUCUCAGUGGAAUAUCCCCAUCUUUGGAUUUGUGGGUCAGAGACUGGCAUUCGAUGACCUUUAUUUGUAUGACACCUACGUGAAUCUGCUGUCUUCACUCCAGAACAUGGGGAACAUCCUCACUAAAACAUUGCACUUCUUUGGCUGGAGGAAUGUUGUCCUCUUGGGAGGGUCUGCUGAACAAACCAAAUGGGACCUGACUGAGGAGCUCUGGAAAAUCAUCGCGGAAGAGCUGCAAGCCAACUUCACCAUAACAGCUCAGGUCCGAUACGACAUAGGCAAUGCAGCCCUUCAUCAGAUAAAGCUCAAGGAAGCUGUAGGUUCAGCGAGAAUUGUGAUCUUAAUUUGUACCCCUGAGGUGGCGAAGUUGAUAAUGUUGGAAGCAUAUCGUCUUGGAAUAGCGAACGGGCAAUACGUGUACUUUAUUAUUCAGCUGUUUGAACCCAGCAGUUAUGUGGACACUUUUUGGAAAUCAGAUUUGGCAGAUGGAAGAAAUGCAGUCACCUUCCAAGCAUAUGAGCCAGUUUUCCUGAUUACUUUGCAGUCAUACGGUGAAUACGAAUAUGACACCUUCCUACAAGAAGCCUACGAGCGAUCAAAAGGACCUCCUUUUUACAGUAAUUUGUCAUCAGUGACAGAGAUGAGCUCUGAUUCAGCUUAUCUUCAUGAUGCGGUCAUGCUCUAUGCUGUUGUUUUUCAAGAAAUGCUAGAAGCAGGGAUGGAUCCACGUGAUGGAAGAACAUUUGUUAAGAAUUUGAAAGGUUUUGGCAAAAGACAAUUUUACGGUCUGACUGGCUUGGUGGAGAUAGAUAUUUCUGGGAAAAGGUACUUAAAUUAUUCAGUAUAUGACCUGCAAAAGUACGCCAAUGGCACAAAGUUUGUCCCUGUUCUACAAUACGACAGCUUCAGCGAUUUGCUGAGUGCGACUGAUAAGUUAGCUAACAUUGCAUGGCCCGACGGAAUUCCUAUUAAAGAUCUCCCCGAAUGUGGGCUGUACAAUGGGAUUUGUCACAAAGGGCCUGAUAACUACAUGGUGAUUUUAAUCAUCGUGAUUGUGGCUGUGGUGUUGGCGGCAGCCCUUGUCGUUGGUUUCCUGAUGGCACACAAGAAAAAACCCGUAAAUCGAUUUCGGAAGAUGUGGUGGAAAAUAAAUUAUGAAGACAUAGUUUUCCUGAAGGAUGUCAAGGCACAGAAACAUGAAGCUGGAAGCAAUGGGUCCAGAAGUAACGUUUCAAGUCAUCAGAAUUACAGCCUUAAGGAUAAAACGGAAAUGAAAUCUGCUAAUACCAGUGUUGCCCUUCACCAGGCGAGUUCACUUCAUGAAUUCAGAACUAAUUAUUAUUGCACUCGUUCUCCUCUGCUUUCACAGGGAAACUAUGUGACGGUUCAGAGCUUUGAAAGAAAAACUGCUCCAGAUAUGAGCAAGAAGACAAUUCUGAAUGAAAUACAUGUGUUGCGAGAACUGAGGCAUGAAAACCUGGCGAUUUUCUUCGGUGUGUGCAUUGAUGCAAUGACAGUUUUAAUCAUUACACAGUACUGCAAAAGAGGAAGUCUAACGGAUAUUCUGAAAAACAUAGAUUUUGAAAUGGACUGGAUUUUCAAGCUCUCACUUGCCUAUGAUAUUAUUAACGGGAUGGUAUUUUUACAUGACAGUCCGUUGAAGUCUCAUGGUAACUUAAAGCCUGAAGCCUGUCUAAUAGAUAGCCGAAUGCAAGUCAAAUUAUCAGGAUUUGGGCUCUGGGAACUUCAGUAUGAAGGCAAAAGGAAAAUAAUAUUUUCUGAAGAUAUGGAUUAUACAGAGCUAUACUGGACUGCGCCGGAACUUCUGCGUCUUGACGAAUACCCAACCAAUGGGACCCAGAAAGGAGAUGUAUACAGUUUUGCUAUUAUUGUGAAAGAAUUGCUUUAUCAUGGGGAAAAUGGUCCAUACCAUGAUUUUCAGAUGGACCCAAAAGAAAUUAUCAGUAAGAUUGUAAACCCUGUAGUGCUGCUGAGGCCCACUCUGUCAUCUGAGAAAUGUAACGAAAGGAUCGCCUCCCUGCUGAGAGCCUGUUGGGAUGAGAGUGCAGACAGAAGGCCAACCUUUCGAUCAAUCAAACAUACACUGCGGAAGGAGAACACCGAAGGUGAAGCGAACAUUCUAGAUUCUAUGGUGGAUAAACUGGAAAAAUAUGCAAAUCACUUGGAAGAAGUGGUUGCCGAAAGGACACAACAACUCACACUGGAGAAGGCCAAAACUGACCAGCUGUUGACCAACAUGCUGCCGAGCUUCAUUGCUGAGCAACUCAUGCUGGGAAAAGCUGUGGAGCCAGAAUCCUUUGAAUCGGUUACCAUCUUCUUCUCGGACAUCGUUGGCUUCACAAAUCUUUGCUCCAUCAGUACGCCCAUGCAGGUUGUGGAUAUGCUCAAUGACCUUUACAGCUUGUUUGAUGACAUUAUCAAAUCGUACGAUGUGUACAAGGUUGAAACAAUAGGAGAUGCCUACAUGGUAGCAAGUGGACUUCCAAUUCGCAAUGGGAUGCAGCAUGCCCAGGAAAUUGCUACAAUGUCUUUGCAUUUCCUCAGCUCCAUGACAGUCUUUAAGAUAAGACACAUCAACAAUGUGGAACUGCAACUUCGCAUAGGUCUCAAUACAGGCCCAGUGGUUGCUGGUGUAGUUGGAGUAACAAUGCCCAGAUACUGUCUCUUUGGAGACACCGUCAACGUAGCAUCAAGGAUGGAAAGCAACAGUUUACCCUUGAAAAUACACAUGUCACAAAGCACAACGGAUGUUCUGAGGGGAUUUGGAGGAUAUGAGAUCGUGAAGAGAGGGACAAUAAAUGUGAAGGGAAAGGGAAUUCAGUCAACAUACUGGCUUAAAAGCAAAGAGGGAUUUAACAUGCCUUUACCAAAGUUUGAACUUAAUAUGGAAGAUGAUUCUAAUGGCUCAAUGGAGAUGGCAGAAACAGAUUAA